AUAUUUGAUGCAGGGAACUCUCUUGGUUUGUUGCUCUUCGGUGCCGUCACUGUGAGCAGCCUGCCGACGUGGCGGGGCGGAAGAGGAGCCGCUGUCUGGCACCGCACGAUCAAAAUGUCUCAGGACAGCCCCUCUGAGGCAGAACUCCACAAAGAUUCCAGUCCUCCACUUGUCCAACCUCUCUCUGCAAAUCCUGACCCCUGUCAGGAUGUCCCAUCAGGCCCUGCAGGUCCCGUGCCUUCGCUGGGGCUGGAGCCACCUCUCCACCCUGAGACUUUGAGCAUGCCGCAUCCUGUUGAGGACACAGUAAGACAGGACACAACUACCAAGACGGACACAUCCGAGCCAGCGGCAGAGGGUCAAGUGACCGAAUGUAACCAGUCAGUGAGCCUGGAGCCAGAUGCUGAGGCUGCAGAGGAGGAUGAACAGAAUUCUCUUCAACAGAAGGAGAAAAGUUGGGGAGGCUGGAGUUCCUGGGGAAAAUCUCUCCUAAGCACUGCCACCUCCAGUGUUGGCCAGAGCUUGACCUCAGUGAAAGUGAAGGCAGGAGAAGCUCUUCGCCUCCACAGAACCUCGGUAGGAGAGGAGGCGCGAGAAGAGGAGGAAGGAGCAGAGGGGAAGACGGAUGGAGCCGGGGAGGUUGAGCCAUCCGGCGCAGAGGAGUCGACGUCUGCUGAUGUCCCGAGCAGGGGCGUUUUCUCGACCAUCUCACAUGCGGUGCAGAACACGGGUAAGUCGGUGAUCAGUGGAGGUCUGGAUGCCUUAGAGUUCAUUGGAAAGAAGACCAUGAACGUUCUUGCAGAAAGUGAUCCAGGAUUUAAAAAGACCAAGACUCUAAUGCAGAAAACCGCCUCGCUGAGUCAGAUAUUGAAGGAAGCCAAGGAGAAAGACCAGGAACGGCUGAGUAACCAGCCGACGAGUACGCCCACCGCUCACUACAGCAUUCUCUUUGAUGAAUACCAGGGCUUGUCACAUCUCGAAGCUCUGGAGAUCCUCUCCAACGAUAGUGAAGCAAAGGUCCAAGCAUUCCUCUCCUCCCUUGAGGAAGAAGAUCAGGAGAAGGAGAAAAAGGAGCUGAUUUUCAUCAAAGAAAUUUUCACCAGACAACAGGAAGAAGGAGAAGUAGAGGAAGAAGAAGAUGGAGGACAGACGAAGGAUAAUGGUGAUCUAAAUUCCCAAAUACACUGUUCUACCCCCUUAUCUGCGGACGGCGAGGAGUUUGUCAGUGUUCUCACUGAGCUGCUGUUUGAACUUCAUGUUGCUGCGACACCAGACAAACUCAACAAGGCUCGUAUGAGAGCCCACGGUUGGGUGAUGGAGGUGGAACAGCCUGUCACCACAGAGACAGUCGGCAAGGAAACUCCGGCCCAGCCAGGAGAAGAAGACCCGCCUGGAGAGUGCAAAGAGGAGCAGCAGGACAAGGAGGAGAAUAAAGAUGAAGAGGAGCAGAAGGAGGAGAGAAGCAAGGGAGACGAGGCAAUAGAGAGUGACCCCAAAUCUGUAGAGGCCGUCUAUUUAUCAUCAGUCGGCAGUCUGGCAGAAGUGACGGCUCGCAGUAUUGAGCAGCUCCACAAGGUGGCAGAACUCAUCCUUCAUGGUCAGGAGCUAGAGAAACCAGCUAGAGACCAGGCACAAAUUCUCACCAGACUGACAUGUGCCAUGUGUAAGGAGGUGAAUUGUUUGGCCAAGAUGUUCUCGGAAACACUCCUUCUUGUUGGGGGUCAGAGGAAAGCAGAGGACUUGAAUCCAUUUAUAAACGGCGUGCUUUUAGAGGGCGCCAACAGUACCAACUACAUCCAUAAUGCAUUGCAGCUGCUGCUGCCAGUCCUGCAGAUCUCCCACAUCCACAGUCAACCAGGCCGACCCACAGGAGAGCCUGCAGCACAACCACAGCAUUAACACAACCAAUUUGCCUUUAAUAAUACACGUUUAAAUAAUCAUAGUAGACAUGGGAUUUUCUACAUAUGCUGCUUUGACUCAAAACAAAGUUCCACAGAAAAAA